AUGGCCGCCCGUGUAGCACGUCACUAGAUGGGCGUCUACGCCGCGCUACCAGUAACAUCUGAGUGCGAAGCCGACUUUCACUUCACUACGAGUUCCGUUUGACAAUAAGGAGUGACUGACACGGACGACGCGGCGCGAUGUGGACGGACAAGCAGCGAGGUAUUCGAAUGUCUCAGCAGGAGCUCAUGUGCAAGAACUCCUGUGGUUACUAUGGAAACCCCGCGUGGAAGGGCUUCUGCUCCAAGUGCUGGAGGGAGCGAGCGCGGCCCGCCGAAGCCCACCGACAGGACGCCAGAGUUACCGGUGAUGGCACGCCACCGACCUUCUCCAAGUUUGAGGAGAAGAAGAAUAUGGAGAAGGGUCGUCGUAUCAACACUAUGAGACGACUGUUCUGGGGCAGCCCAUCUCCUCCUAAGUCAGAACCUUCAGACAGUCAGAUAAAUGUGCUAAAAGCCUUUCGGAAGCUGGAACCUGGUGACUUCACUGGUUUCCUCAAGACAUUGCGCAGCCCGUCCUCCCAGCGUCUGCAGUCCCGUUGCACAGCUUUCCUCAACACAAUGGAGGCCUACCAUGAUCUGCCGAUACAGAAGCACUCGGAUCUCGUGCAAGACUUCUACCAGUCAUUUGCUGACUAUUUCAGUAGUUUUUCAGAUGCCGAGCUCACUCAGACGAUGGAGCACGUGGAGAAGCUCAUCAUGACGCGCUUGCACAAGUGGGUCUUCUGCCAUGACAGCUGUGAUGACGAGCAGAAAGACCUGACACUGCAAAGAAGGAUACGUUCUUUAAACUGGGUCACACCGCAAAUGCUUGGCGUACCUUUCCCUGAAGUGCAGAAUGCCAUCACCGGCGACCCUUUUCUUCCCGCCAUAACAGCCAUUAUUGAGAUGGACGCCAAGCGGGCGCCUCAGGACAAGCUGGUGUGCGUGUCUAAAUGCAGCCAGCACGUUUUUGAAGCACUGUCAGUCUCCAACAGUGAGCCGGCCAACGCCGAUGACUUCCUAUCCGCCUUGGUAUACGUGGUGCUGAAGGCAAACCCACCUCGCCUACACUCAAACAUGCAAUACGUCAUCCGCUUUGGGCUCCCGCACAGCCUCAUGGCUGGAGAGAGCGGCUAUUACUUCACCAACUUGUCCUGCGCCGUGGCCUUUAUUGAAAAACUUGACGGCCCGGCGCUCAACCUUAGCCAGGAAGAGUUUGACGGCUACAUGCGGCGUCGCCAGGCCCCGGCGGCAGGAGGUGGGCGGCAGGACAUCGCCUGUGAGACGCACCGCCUCCUGGAUGAGCUGACGGCACGCCAGGAGCGACUGGACCGUGGCGUGGGUGACCUCAACGUGCAGCUGCGGACAUGGGUGCAAGCCGUUCAUACUCAGAUAGACCAGGCCACGUCCCAGCUUACAAUGGUACAAGAGGAAUUGAAGGAUCUCUCUUCAUCAUCACCAUCAUCUUCCUACCCUGAUUCAACUGUCAGCGAGCAGCUGGUGCUUACGGAUCAACAUGCAGGGCCUCAAGAUUCAGACUGUUAAAAUCAAACCUAGAUGGGACAUGCACUUUAUAACCUAUUUAAACCCUUUCACUUGAUCACUGAAGCAUAGGAUGUUCUUUCACUCUGUACACGUAAUCAUGCACUUGUUGCCUAUUAGUUUGGGGAAAAUGAAGUAAUUUUUGAAUACAUUCCAUAAUUACCGUGCAAUAACUGUGAUCAUGAAGUACUCAGGAUUUCCCCCAUCCUCAAAAAAAUCAGAUUUUCAAUUAGUGACUUUUAAAAAUCUGAAAUUGUAAUACUGCUCUAUGGGUACAAAAAAUAACCAAGCGACCUCUAAUGUAAUCCUAAUAACCUGUUUACAUACAAUGUUAAGAUUUUGAAGGGUUUAUAUGAAAGCAAAGGAGAUAAAUUAUAUAUUAAAAGAUCUGACUAUGUGAUUUGUCCUUUUUUGUCUUUCUUCAUUCUUACUCCUAUUGCUACAAAAAAAAAAUGUAAUACGGAACGAAGACUCCUAAAUUUAUUGUGGUGUGAAAAAUACAUUAUUAUAUUGUUAUAUCCAUCCGACCGGAAGCAAAUGAUAUACAGUGAUCCCUCGUUUUUCGCAGUUAACGUGGACAAGAACCCGCCGCGAUAAAUUGAAAAGCCGCAAAGUAGCGUCCUAAGAAAAAAUUUUUGGGUAACACUUUACA